AUGACAAAAGAAGACAAUCAGAAGGAGAAUCAAAAAGAGAGCAAUUCGAAGAAUGACAAGGAGCAAAAGUCGGCGAAGAAUGAUGGCGAUGACGCUAACUCGGAGUCGUCGAAGGUGCCGAUCACGAUUGAUCCGGAGGAAGCGAAAUUCUCGAAUGCCGGCGGGAAAUCGGAGCACAUGGUCGUCAACUUCACCGCCAAACGAAUGGCUCUCAAAAUCCGUUGUGGAAACGCGCUCUUCCGUGUCGAGCCGACGCAUAUGAUCAUCGAACCGAACAAGUGUCGCCAGUUGACAAUCAAUCGAAUGCCUGGACCGAUUCAGACCGACAAAGCGAUCGUUCAAUUCAUUGAUAUCGAGAAGGAUGCGCAGGACCCGAAGGCUGCGUUCAAGGCGGCAGAGGCGGCGGGCACCAAGAUUCCGCAUAUCAAGAUUAAGUUGGUGGUGAGUUUCGAAACGUCCCAAGGUCAUGCAGUUGGAGGCAUUCGGGACACCGGGGCACACAGUUUUCCUGAAUCGGGUGCCUAA